AUGUUUAUUUGGAGGGUUGGUCAAAAUGCCUUCCCAACGGGUGAAAACCUCCAGAAGCGGGGGCUCCUUAUCCCUACACUAUGUUGUAGAUGCGGGGAAUCUGAAACUACUCUCCACCUCCUGAUUAACUGUCCCUUUGCUCGCGAGGUAUGGAGCCUAGGUCCCUGGUCACAUACGUUCGAUGCCUCCCAAGUUGUGUCCUUUAAAGAGGCCCUCAUCUCGUCUGGCUCCUGGAUUCCGCUUCCUCCUUAUGGUUUCACAAUCAACAUCUUCCCUUGGGUUUGUUGGUUUCUGUGGAUCUCUAGGAACAAUCUUGUCUUCGAGAAAAAGCCCUCAACAGCACCCGAGAUUGUCCUCAAAGCCAUCAUCGCUUUAAUGGAAUGGGAUCGAGCCCAAUCAAAGAUUCGCAAAACGGACUCACCACAACAGAUCAUCACCCACUCCACCUCUCACGAGAAUCUCCACCCCACUUCAAUAUGUUGCAAUACCGACGCAGCGUGGCGAUCUGACACAGGAGAAGCGGGAUUGUUCUGGAUAUUCACCGAUCUCCAAGGAAAAGAGAUCACUCGAGGAUCUCUGUUUCAGGAACACGUCUCUUCAGCCCGUAUGGCGGAGGCCUUAGCAAUAAGGAACACCCUCCAUCACGCGAUCAAUCUCAAUCUCAACACCAUCUGGUUAAAAUCAGAUUCCCAAGAGCUCAUCGGAGCAAUAACUGCGGGACGUCAUCCGACCGAGCUUUACGGAGUACUCUCGGACAUCGCCGCGUUCUCUCUUUCUUCUUCAUUUUCAUGUCGUUUUUCUUUUAUCAAAAGGGAGCUAAAUGGGCAUGCGGACUUAUAUGCUAAGGCCUGCUUACAUUCUGGCUCAAGCCCAAGCUCUUAUACCCUCUAA